CUGCUCAUGCUUUCCCCUCUCCCUCUUCCCCAGCUUAUCCUGUCUGUCCUGCUUUCUCGAUUCCAGUCCAGAGCCAUGGGACCACUAGCUGUCCUGCUGGCUCUGAGCUGGGUGACCCUGGCUCAAGGGGAUCCAUUCUACAUCCUGCUCACUCCCAAUGUCUUGAGACUGGAAAGUGAGGAGCAGCUGGUCCUGGAGGCCCAUGGGGCGGCAGGUGACGUGCCUGUUGAGGUCUCCAUCCACGACUUCCCUCAAAAGAAGCAAGUCCUUUAUUUGGAGAAGACCACACUUAACAAUGCCAAUAAUUACCUGAGCACCAUCACUAUUAAGAUCCCAGCCCAGAACUUCCAGAAUAAGAAAGAUCACAAGUUCGUCAGUAUUGUGGCCAAGUUUGCCCAGGAAAAACUAGAGAAAGUGGUGCUGGUGACUCUUCACAGUGGCUACCUAUUUAUUCAGACAGACAAAACCAUCUACACACCUGGUUCCACAGUUCUGUACCGGAUUUUCACCGUGGGCCACAAGCUUCAGCCUCUGGCCAAAACUCUGACUGUCAACAUCGAGACUCCUGAUGGUAUCAUCAUCAAGAAGGACUCACGGUCCUCUCAGAACAGCAAUGGCAUACUGAGCUUGUCCUGGAGUAUUCCUGAACUUGUCAGCCUGGGCCAGUGGAAAAUCAUCACUUAUUAUGAUGACUCUCCCCAUAAAAACUUCUCUGCUGACUUUGAAGUGAAGGAGUAUGUGCUGCCAAGCUUUGAGGUAAAGCUGCACCCAGAGGAAAAAUUCUUCUACAUCGACAAUCAUGAAGGUCUGAGAGUCUCUAUCACAGCCAGGUUCCUGUAUGGAAGGAUGGUGGAUGGCACUGCCUUUGCCAUCUUCGGAGUCCUGGAUGAAGGAACUAAGCGGAGCAUCCCUGAAUCCCUCACCCGAGUUAUAAUUGAAGAUGGCAGUGGAGAGGUUACUCUAACCCGAGAUGCUCUGGUCAAACAGUUCCCAGGCCAAAACCUGGUGGGAAAGUCCUUGUAUGUGUCAGUCACAGUUAUCCUGGAGUCUGGGAGUGACAUGGUUGAGGCUGAAUACACUGGGAUCCCUAUUGUGACAUCUCCUUACCAAAUUCACUUCACCAAGACUCCUAAGCACUUCAAACCAGCCAUGCCUUUUGAUCUCACGGUUUUUGUGACUAAUCCAGAUGGAUCCCCAGCCUCUCACAUUCCGGUGGUGGUCCCAAACUUUGAUGUCCGGUCUAUGACUCAAGAAGAUGGUCUGGUCAAGUUGAGAAUCAACACACCCAAUAACCGUGGUCCUUUGAACAUCAGAGUGAGGACAGACAAGGAAGGACUCUCUGUGGAUCGCCAGGCAUCCCAGCAAAUGGUAGCUCAACCCUACCAGACCGUAGCCGGCUCCAACAAUUACCUGCACCUGUCGGUGCCCUCAGUGGAACUCAAGGUUGGAGAUAACCUGAACGUCAACUUCCACUUGAGAACAGACGGGCCCAACGUGAACCAGCAAAUCAAUUACUUCACCUAUGUGAUCAUGAACAAGGGGCUGGUGUUGAAGGCUGGGCGUCAGCCGCGGCAGCAGGGCCAGGAUGUGGUGGUGCUCUCACUACCCCUCACACCUGACUACAUCCCCUCCUUCCGAGUGGUGGCCUAUUACCAUCUGACUCUUAAUGGCCAGAAGGAGUUGGUGGCUGACUCUGUAUGGGUGGAUGUCAAGGACACUUGCAUGGGCAAGCUGGUGGUGAAAGGAGCGGGAAAUGCAGAGAGAACACACCUGCCUGGAAAACAGGCCACCCUGAAGAUUGAGGGUGACGCUGGAGCCCUCGUGGGGCUCGUGGCUGUGGACAAAGGGGUGUUUGUUCUGAAUAAGAAGAACAAACUGACCCAGAGCAAGGUCUGGGACACAGUGGAGAAAGGAGAUAUUGGCUGCACUCCAGGCAGUGGACAGGACUAUGCUGGAGUGUUCACAGAUGCCGGGCUUGCUCUACAGACCAACAAGAAACUUCAGACAGCCCAGCGGUCUGACCCCGAGUGCCCGAAGCUAGCCAAGCGUCGUCGGCGCCGCUCUGUCCAGCUCAUGGAGAUAAGGAAUGACAAAGCUGGCCAGUAUAAGGAUAAAGACUUGAGGACUUGCUGUGAGGAUGGCAUGCAACUGAACCCCAUGGGCUACUCGUGCGAAAGGAGGGCAAAGUACGUUUUAGAGAAAGAGGAAUGUGUCAAAGCCUUCCUGGACUGCUGUAACUACAUCACCAAGGUUCGUCUGGAGAAACAUAGAGACAACGUCCUCAACCUGUCCCGAAGUGAACUAGAUGAGGAUUUUAUGCCAGAGGAAGACAUCAUCUCCAGAAGCCAGUUCCCAGAGAGCUGGAUGUGGACUGUGGAGCCACUAGUAGAGAAGCCUGACAAGUAUGGAAUCUCUACAAAGUCCUACACUGUGUUCCUCAAAGACUCCAUCACAACCUGGGAGGUUCUGGCCAUCAGUUUGUCAAACACCAAAGGGAUCUGUGUGGCUGACCCAUAUGAGAUCACCGUGAUGCAAGACUUUUUCAUCGACCUUCGUCUGCCCUACUCUGUGGUACGCAACGAACAGGUGGAGAUUCGAGCUAUUCUCUACAACUAUGGGGAGAACCCAUUCAAGGUACGCGUGGAGCUGCUCCACAACCCUGUCAUCUGCAGCGCCGCCACCUCCAAGAAGCGCUACCAGCAGAUAGUGAAGAUCCCAGCCAAAUCUUCUUUAGCUGUGCCCUUUGUCAUUGUGCCCCUGAAAAUCGGCAACCAUGAUAUAGAAGUCAAGGCUGCUGUCUAUAACCAACUUAUCAGCGAUGGUGUCAAAAAGAAACUGAAGGUCGUGCCGGAAGGGAUGAAAGUGUCAAAGGCUGUGACCACUCGAACCCUGGACCCAGUGAAACUUGGCCACAAUGGGGAACAGAGGGAAGACAUUCCUGCAGCAGACAUCAAUGACAUUGUUCCAGGCACAGAGUCAGAAACUAGUAUACAAUUUCAAGGAACACCUGUGGCCCAGAUGGUUGAGGAUGCCAUAGAUGGUAACAAGCUGAAGCACCUGAUCGUGACGCCAUCAGGCUGUGGAGAGCAGAACAUGAUUGGAAUGACUCCCACUGUUAUCGCCGUCCACUAUCUUGAUGCCACAGAUCAGUGGGAAAGGUUUGGGGUGGAAAAGCGGUUGGAAGCCUUAGAGCUUAUCAAGAAGGGGUAUGCUCAACAGCUGGCCUUUAAGAAGUCAGACCACUCCUAUGCUGCCUUUAAAAAUCGACAAUCCAGCACGUGGCUGACAGCCUAUGUCGUAAAGGUAUUCUCCAUGGCCACCAACCUCAUAGCGAUUGAUGCCCAGGUCCUCUGUGGUGCUGUCAAAUGGCUCAUCUUGGAGAGUCAGAGACCAGAUGGAAUGUUCCAGGAGGAUGGUCCAGUGAUCCAUCAGGAGAUGAUUGGUGGCUACAAAGGUGGGGAGGCUGAUGUUUCACUCACAGCCUUUGUACUCAUAGCUCUGCAUGAAGCAAAAGACAUCUGUGCAGGCCAAGUCAAUAAUCUGGAAGCAAAAAUCAAUGAAGCAGGAAACUUCCUGGCCGGCAAAUACCAGGGCCUGACUCGGCCCUAUACUGUGGCCCUGGCUGGCUAUGCCCUGAGCUUGCUGGAGAAGCUUGAUGACUCCAAAGUGGAGAAGUUCAUGAGGGCAGCCACGAGUGGCAACAGCUGGCAGGAGAAAGGCCAGAAGCUGUACAAUGUGGAGGCCACAUCCUAUGCCCUUCUGGCCCUACUGAAACUGAAAGACUUUGACACAGUCCCUGCUGUAGUUCGAUGGCUCAAUGAGCAGAGAUACUAUGGAGGUGGUUAUGGGUCCACCCAGGCUACCUUCAUGGUAUUCCAGGCUCUGGCCCAGUACCAGCAGGAUGUGCCAGAUCACCAAGAACUAGACCUGGAUAUUUCUGUUCACUUGCCCAGCAGGAGCUCAGCUUUUACCCACCGCAUCAGUUAUGACUCUGCCAGCUUGUUGAGGUCAACUGAGACCAAGAUAAACGAAGACUUUACUGUAAAGGUCAAAGGAAAAGGACAAGGCACACUUUCGGUUGUGACAGUGUAUAAUGCGAAGUUAAAAGAUAGUAUAGCCUGUAAGAUGUUUGACCUGAGGGUGUCCACUCGACCAGUCCCACCAAAUGAAAGGGUGCCUGAGGAUGCCAAGGGCAGCGUGUUCCUUGAUAUCUGCACUAAGUACCAAGGACAAACUGAUGCUACUAUGUCGAUUCUGGAUAUCUCUAUGAUGACUGGCUUUUCUCCAGACACAAAAGAUCUCAAUUUGCUGGCCAAGGGCAAGGACAGAUACAUCUCUAAAUAUGAGCUGGGCCAGAUGUCCGAAAAGAGCACUCUUAUAAUUUACCUGGACAAGAUUUCCAACCAGGAAGAGGAGUGCUUAAGCUUCAAGAUCCACCAAUACUUUGAAGUGGGACUCAUCCAGCCUGGGGCCGUCAAGGUCUACUCUUACUACAAUUUGGAGGAAAGUUGCACCAAGUUCUACCAUACGACUAAAGAAGGUGGUUUGCUCAACAAGAUCUGUCACAAAGAAGUGUGCCGCUGUGCUGAGGAAAACUGCUUCUUACAUAGAGAGGAGAAUCUCUCAAGGCAACAGAGAACUGAAGAGGCCUGUGAGCCUGGAGUGGACUACGUAUAUAAGGUCAAGGUGAACAAGAUCAAGCAGUCCGACAGCUUUGAUGAAUACCAGAUGCUCAUCAAACAGGUCAUUAAAUCUGGCUCAGAUGAGAAUCCUCAAGACAAGAUUCGCACAUUCAUCAGCCAUGUGAAGUGCCGGGAUGCCCUACUGCUAAAGGAGGGCAAGGAUUACCUGAUCUGGGGCAUCUCCUCUGACCUAUGGAAAAUGAACUCAGAGCUUAAUUACAUCAUUGGCAAGGACACUUGGGUGGAGCACUGGCCACCAGAAGAUGAGUGCCAGGAUGCAGAGAACCAGAAACAGUGUGAGGAUUUGGAGGUCUUUGCGGACAGCAUGAUCUCCUUCGGCUGCCCCAACUAACACCAUCCAUGGACCCAAAUGAUGACCCAUCCCCGGCCUCGGCCAGGUCCCACCUUAUUUCUGAACAAAGACUCUUUUUCAAGAAUUUAAUGGACUCACCUAGUGUGGUGCUUGGAGAUCCUUGGGGAUCCUAGGGGGUAGGGGUGGAGGAGAGGCCAUGUGUGGAGAUAGCCUCGGAGGUGGAGGCAGGGAGGUAGUCAGAUUCAAAUCCCAAGUGUGGCCUUGGGCAUGUCCCUUCUUCCCCACUCUCAUCUUCAGCUCCCUGAUCUAUAGAAAUGAGGGUAAUAAUCUCUGUUUGAAUGGUGAAUAAUAAUCAGAGAAUCCCAAAGUGCUGUUGCAAUGUGGGGUGUUGGGAUUAUCAUUAUUAAAAAGGCCAAAUACUCAUUUA